CAAGAGGGCAUACGAAACCCAAACCGAAACUCUUCAACAGACUAUAGAACAAAGCAGAGACAGAGAAGAAGUGAGAUACCGAGAGAAAUGUCGAAUGCUGUCCGAUUCCACAUUUCUAAUAAACUCAGUUCCGCUUCCUUUCUCAGAUCAUCAUCUUCCCCCUUUCAUCAUCGUUUUCCUUACCAUAUCCGCCUCCCCACUAAAUCCCGCCACCGCGCCUCUCUCUCACUCCAUCACCCCACUCCACCACUACCAGAAUCAGCGCCCUCAACUUCAUCGGACUACAGUUACUCAGUUGGAUCUCCACCUCAUCUCUCUCACUGGAAAUUCACUCAACGCCAUAUCACACUUCUCAGUGUCACUGUUUGCAUUACGGCAGUCUCUGCCACGUGCCUUUUUCUUUCAGCUAUUCCAACUCUUCUCGCAUUCAAGAGAGCAGCGGAAUCACUUGAAAAGCUGAUGGAUGUGACAAGGGAAGAGCUUCCUCAUACUAUGGCUGCUAUUCGCUUGUCGGGUAUGGAGAUUAGUGACCUCACUAUGGAGCUUAGUGAUCUUGGACAAGAGAUAACUCAAGGUGUUAAAAGCUCCACUAAAGCUGUUCGUAUAGCUGAGGAGAGGCUUCGUGGUUUCACAAACAUGACAUCGCCACCACCAGCUUCAUUGCAGAGGGUACCAAGCGGGCGAACUAAUAGCGCAGAGCCGGUAGUAGCUAAAACUGCUCGGGGGUUAAAGGAAGGAAUAGUAAAAGGACGUGCAAUCUUGCAAAUGCUUUUCACUCUCACCCAAUUUUCCAGAGUAGCCCUCAACUAUUUCAAAAAGCGAGCUAAGAAGUAGAGCUCAUGGCUUAAGCCUUUUGGUGAGAUUAUUGCUUUCCUGUGCAUAUGUAUCCUUUCUGUACCUGAAUUUUGACACCAUAGUUGAGUUUCUGUUGGGAAUUGACACUUGGGGUAUUAGGCAAUGAUACGUUAUGAACCUGGAAGGUAAAGGAGAGAUCGACAAAAUAUACACGCCUGUAGGUUCAUAUAUUGCUUUAUUGUCUGUCAAUUUUCAGUUGAACGAGAGCAUUCCUGCUUUUACUGAUGUUCAUUAAAAUUACAAAACAAAAAAGUUGAUGAAAUGCUUUUUAAGUAAAGUUAAAAGUUUAAUAGAAACAAGUAACAAGGAACAAUGUUUGCUUUGGUUGUGUAUUCUAGUCUGGAAUGGAGUAGAUUGAAUAAGAAUGGAAUGCGAAUACUUAUAUCGAGACCCUUCUCUAAUGCUAAGAUAGCUUUAGGGAGUGACCUUCUAUGCCAGUCAACUAGUGAAGACAGGUUUGGCCUUUGUUUGUGCACUUUGAGUAGACUUGGACAUCUCUCUGCUGCUGCAACGGCUAAAAAAGAGUAUCCAUUCCUACAAGGGAAGAUAUCUUUUUUUGUAUUCGAAUUGGCUUGAUUAAUGGACUUUUUUGUAUCA